GACGAGCGUGGCACGCUGCGUCAGACCUUCUCCGGCAGGGUUUGUCCCGUCGCCCUCUGCCCCGCGCCCCCUGGCGGACGUACCGUGCCAGGGGGCGCCCCUGUCGUCACGUGACCGCCAGCGGCGCGGGGAAUGCCUCAAAAGCGGCGGCCGUCGCUGCGUCACACCAGUGCUUCCCCGUCCCACGGAGCAGGCAAACACAGCUAUCCCUUCUCUCGCCAUGUCAACCUGGGGUUACGGAACGAAGAACGGCCCUGCCACCUGGGCGCAGCAGUUUCCCCUGGGCAGCGGCUCACGGCAAUCUCCCAUCAACAUCGAGACCAAGACGACCGCGUCCGACCGUAAGAUCGACGCCGAGCCGCUCUCCAUCUCGUACGAGCCCGACCAGGCGCAGCCUCUCACCAACACCGGCUACGGAUGGCGCGUCGAUUUCGACUCUGGCCGCUCGUCGAUCCGCGGCGGUCCGCUGGAGGGUGAGUACCAACUGGCUCAGUACCACUGUCAUUGGGGCCGUGAGAAUGAGCGCGGCUCCGAGCACACGGUUGACGGUCGCCGCUACGCAGCCGAGCUGCACCUGGUGCACUUCAACAAGAAGUACGGCACGUUCGCGGCCGCCGCCGACAAGGAGGACGGUCUGGCCGUCAUCGGCGUGUUCCUCGACGUCGGAGAGGAGAACGCCGAGUUGAAGAAGGUCACCGACAACAUGGCCAAGGUGCGCUUCUCUGGCAGCAAGGUGGACAUCCCUGCCACGGACCCGGACCUCUUUCUGCCGGACACCACGCGCUACUGGACGUACGAGGGCUCGCUGACCACGCCGCCCCUCUACGAGAGCGUCACGUGGAUCCUAUUCAGCGAGCCGGUCACCAUCUCUCAGGACCAGCUGGAUCAGUUCCGGUACCUGCUGCGGCGGCCCACCGAGCAGCCCGGCGAGGACAGUGACGAAGAGGAUGACGGCGCUAUCGUGGACAACUUCCGUCCGCCUCUGGAGGUCGGCAGUCGGACCGUGCGCAGCGCGGCCAAAUCGCUCCGGUCACGGCAGUGAUCGGCCGCCCCGGGUUCAAAGGAGGUCACACCGGGUCACAGCACGUGCUGCUGGAUAAAAACGUGGCUUUUUGAAGACAGAGGUCGGUGGGCAGCUGACAUUUGUUGUCAGGGUUGGUGCAAUUGUGUAAAGACUGAUGACGCGACUGCGCGGAGAGGGUACUCUCUGGCAAGGUCGGGUCUGUGCCAGGUCAGGUCAAGUUUUCCAGCCUGUGACAUGCACGAAGUAUUGUUUUAUAUCGUACUGUUCUUCGCAGCGAUCUUGCGCGCAGUCUGAGAGAUGUAGAGUAGUCCGUCCAGUAAUCUAGAUUCGCUGAUCGAGCGUCUCUAAUCAUCAGUGUCGGAGCCGUCCCUAUAAGUCAUGAGCAUAUGUUUGACUCAUUCAGCUUAUUGGCACAUCGCAAAUGUUCCUGAAUAUGUCAUCACUGCGCCCAGAGUGUCACAUCGUAAACAGUGCUCCGAAAUACACCAGUCACAUGCUCAGCAUUCGAUUGCAUGUCCAACGCCGCCGUUGAGCAGCUAUCGAAGAAAACAUCGUGUCUGUUUCCAAAGUGAUGUUCGUUUAUAAGCCAGACACAUUUGCAUAACUGAUGGCCAGUGAUCUGAAAGAGCAUAUUAUAUAUGCAAGCUACUUUGUACACUUCCCCGAUACAUAGCAAUCGUGUUAUGAAAUACGACGUAGGUAUUCUCAAUACACGGAGCCAUGCAAAUGGUGUAUCGGUGA